UGCCUGGCAUUCAAGCGUACUUACAUGGAGAUAGCACGCACCGCUGCAAUUUUCUAGGAAUGGAUGUAUGUGGACAAAUCUGAAUGUAACCACUUCUCACAUUUUCUUAUUUUCUUUCUUUUUUCUUUUUUCGUUGCCCAUUUUUUUCUGUCUGGACUACAUCUCCAUGGCUUGGCCGUGCAUCAGUAGAGUGUGCUGUUUGGCUCGGUUCUGGAACCAGUUUGAUAAAUCGGAUCUCUCCGUUCCGCUAACGAUUCAGAACUAUUCUGACAUCGCAGACCAAGAGGUUCGGUCUGUAACUAAACAAGUACUGACUGACAGGGCUCCGAGAAACGACUAUGUGACACCGGAUCACAGAGGCUCGCCCACGGUACCGGAUGGUGGUGGGAACCGGAGAUCAUGUCGUGGACGCACGGAACCGAGCUUCAAACCCCGAGAGGAUUACCAACCCCCCGGUAUACCUUUUACAAGUGUCACUCAGUACAAGCAGGAUUACAAACCCUGGCCCAUUCCGAAAAAGGAUAAUUUCCCUUGGAUUAGCAACGGGGGUAAAGGGGGCGCCCUAAAAGAGAGCCCCAUUAACAAUCACUCCCACACAAAUCACCCAAGAGUGGAGAGAGAGGAGCGGAACCGGCCGAAAUGGGGCGAACCGAUCGUGGGAACUACUAAGACAAGCUCGUACAGGCAGGAGUACCGCCCCUGGACCGGCGCACGGCCGUCCAAGCCGGCCCAGAGGAGGCCCACGUGCCUGAGCCCGGGUUCGGACGGGCCCGAGCCGCCUCACGCCACCAGCUACCAGGCAGCUUUCAGCGGGGGGGAGGCCCAGCGGCAGACAGACAGCCCCCAGCCGGAGCACCCAGGAGCCCAGCCCAACACCGGCCUCGGCCUGCCUGAGAAGCCCGAGAUCCAGACCGCUAGCCGGGCGGAGGACCAGCUGGUGCGGACCAAGCUCUCCCCCAACCCCUCUGCCGUGUUCCAGAGUGGCUCCCGCAUCUUUAACAUCUAACGAGGUGCUCCAGACAGACAGACACCACAUCCUCACCCCCACCCUCACCCACAAUCACAGCCCCCAUCCACACCCACAACCACCACCACCCCCAUCCACACCUCCACCCACAGCCACCGCCAGGCCCCAGACACAGAGAGGCUGCUGCAGCGACUCCUCAGGCCGGCCUCCUGCUGCCCCACACGGCCCUGACGUUUCUCCUGCUCUCUGACUACCUACCUGGACUCACCAGAGGGCCGUGGUGCUCUUGAUGUCCCUUGAACAGAUCACAUUUUGUUCAUUUGCAAAAACAAAAGAGCCGUUAUAAAGUAGACUUGAUUUGAUGAUUACACCUGAUGUUCUGCUCCUUCACUAAAGGCAUUAUAAUGAGUCUGGCAUAGAUGAAUACUGUACAGCUGAUGUUGCGUUGUAAGCGUGCUGAGUACCAGUCAGGUGUGUGUGUGUGUGGAGCAGGACCAGUCAGGUGUGUGUGUGUGUGUGUGUGUGUGUGUGGAGCUGGGCCAGGUAGUGGAGUUUAGAGGCCAGAGACGAGAAGAAUUCACUCCAUCAGUUCCACACGAUGGGAAAUCUAUGCAAAGGGGAAAGGGGGGUGGGCAGUGUUGGCGUUUUUGGAAAGCGUGAGGGGCAAAACAUAGCAUGUGUGUAAUAAAGACAGUGAGGGGGAAGCAGUGAGGGAGAGCAGUCAACACACACACACACACACACACACACACACACACACACACACACACACACGAGAUGAGAAACACACGACAUGACAAAAUAAAUCCCUCUCAUCAAUUCCUUGCUUUUCUGGUCCCAGUCCUGGGGGAAAUCAAAUAUGCAUGUUGCGAAUAUAGUUUGACAAAGCAUCUCUGCAGUGUUAGAACACUGAUAAACAACAUGGCUGCUCAGUAAGCUAUUGUGAGUGUUUGUGUGCUUGUUAAGUUGGAAUGACUUUUACUUUUCUUUGUUUUGGACAUAUUCUCCAUUUGAUUCUCCAGGGAUGUCUGUACAUGUAUGCUUAAAACAUAUUGAUGCCCCCAAUGUUAUGCUGUACUGUCUGCAAGAUUUGUAUUAUCAACAAAAAGAUGCUUGGGAAUAUUUAUUUAAUUUUUUUAAAAUUCCACCACAAAACUCUUUUCUGACAUCUUGGACCAGUUGUUAGAUUUUAUUUUGUAAAUUUGUUGUUGAAUAAUAAAAAAAGAAGUUGAAAAGAUCAAAUUAAAAUAAAAACAUUAGG